GGCCGUAGUGGGAAGCAAUGCAGGGAACGCUGGCACAACAUUUGCAGCCGUCCCAACGCCGUCCGGGGUCAGUGGACGGAAGACGAGGAUCGCAUCAUCGCCCGAGGCCAUGCCACCUGGGGGACGGCGUGGACUCGAAUCGCCCGUAACCUGGGCCGGCGAACCGAGAACCAGGUGAGCAGC